AUGAGAAUGCUUUUUGAGAUUAGAGAUCUUCUUUUUUCAACUCCAACCACUGUAUCUAGAGCUGAUAUUUUGUAUGUUUCAGAUGAUAGGGAUAUUAAUGGACAGAUUAUGUAAAUUCAUAUGUUUAAAAAUGUAAAAUUUGAUGAAUGGGCUGAAAGUUAACUGAAGCUAAAAUUUUACUUAUCAAUUAAUUAAUUUUUAUUAUUAUUCAGAUUCUAUAUAUUUAUAAGCUUAAUUAGAAAAGAAAGCAGGAAUAUAAUUUGA